GAAGGCUGCCAAACAGCGCCCUCUUUUCGCCCCAGCGCGCGAAAACGAGUUUCUUCCCGUCACUCAUCUCUCCGCCUCAGAAUCACUCGGUGAUGACGGAGAAGGCUCCGGGAUCGUCUUCGUCAGCAAUCGUGAGGAUGCCGAAGUUGCCCGAACCCCCGAUGACCAACGGCCACGGCCGAAAAAUGAAGAAAUUCCUCUCCUACGACCGCGAUUUGGAUCCCGAAGAGCCCGAACCAUCACAGGUGGUCGAACUGACUCGGGUGUACAGGCAACUGCUGAGCGGCAUUCACGAGGACCCCUCUCGACAGGGGCUGCUCAAGACCCCCGAGAGGGCGGCCAAGGCUUUCCUCUUCUUCACUAAGGGCUACGGCCAAACACUUGAAGAUGUGGUGAAUGAUGCUAUUUUUGAAGAAGAUCAUGAUGAAAUGGUAAUCGUGAAAGACAUCGAAAUGUUUUCUAUGUGUGAACACCACUUAGUACCAUUCAUAGGAAAAGUAUCUGUUGGAUAUUUGCCAAACAAAAAAGUAUUGGGUCUUAGUAAAUUAGCAAGAAUUGUCGAAGUAUUCAGCAGAAGAUUACAAGUUCAAGAAAGACUGACUAAACAGAUAGCUGUUGCCAUUACAGAAGCUAUUGGGCCUACUGGUGUCGGAGUGGUUAUUGAAGCAACGCACAUGUGUAUGGUCAUGCGAGGUGUACAGAAACUCAACAGCAAGACGAUUACGAGUACAAUGCUCGGUGUGUUCAGAGAAGAUCCCAAGACAAGGGAAGAAUUUCUAACUUUAAUACGACAGUGAAUUUAUAAAUGUGUAAUUAAUAGAAAUGCUGCAAGAUAUUUUGGAAAUGUUGAUAUUGUAAAAAUUUCAUUCGUGUGCUUGAUGUGCGGAAAUAUCGUGUCUAUUAGAAAAUUACAGUGAUGUGAGCAUCAAAGUUGUAAAAAAUCGAAUUGAAAAGUAUUUCGUUCAGCAGGACAUCAACAAAUCUAUUGUGAUGCCAAUUCAAUUUUCAAUAUGUUUUGUAAAAACAAAAAUUAAUAAAGGACGAGCUCAAAAUGUUAAAACCUAUAUCAUAUAGCACUGCAACGCACCAUUAUUAGCUACCUCCCUCCCCCCCCCCCCAAAAAAAAAUACUGAACUAAAAUAUUAUCACUUAAAAUCACUUUAAAAUAUUUUGAUUAUAAAAAAUCCAAUGACUUCGAUUCUUUAAAAAUAACAAUAAAUUUUCUACUUUUUGCGAUUUAAGUUUGGUUUCUUUGAAGUUGAGUUUCUUACUCAGUAGUCCAGUCAAUGAGUGCUCAAAACAGCGGUGUAGCGUGCAUGGAAUAUGCGAUAAUUUUUGACUUCAGAAUAUUGUUAGGGGUAGUUAGUAAGUAAACAUACUAAAAGUCCCCGCCCCUAGUGCUGAGCUAAAAGUAGGAGGGAGGGGGGGAAGAAAAUUUUGGGGUUUUUCGAGAAAAUGUCGGAAAAGGUGGAAAAAAAUGCGUUUAAAAUAAAGAUUCAAGCUAAAUAAACUUCCUAUAAAUCUGUUUCUACCUAUAUUUGUCAAAUUUCUAAUAAUUUUCCGGGUAUAUGUUAUGAAAAAUCGAUGAUUUUCGGGAAAAUUCUCUCUUUUUGUCAAACAUUUGCUGCUAGUGCCUCCCAAGAUCAACAUUUAUGAAAAUUGUCACGGACAAAGUUGUAGAGCUUUAAAUUUCCUUCAAUUUGAUAUGCUAUACUGUUAUAUUUUAUCCAAUAAAUCAAAAGUUACAGAAUUUCAAACAACCACUUUCAUGGCAAAACAUGGAACACUUGCCAUUCAAAUUUCAAACUGACUCGAAAGGAUCGCGCACUUCCUCUUCUACAACUAACUUCAUUGGCUGGACUAAAUGUGUUCAUUGACUGGUCUACAAAAGCAUUCCAUUUUUAUUUGACAAUCAAUACGAACGAAAAUCGUGUGAUCCUUAGACAGACUCCACUCUUACAUGAAAUUAACCACAUGCUCUGAAAUUAAACAUUGAUGUUUGACUUUCAAAAAUUAAACACCCUUCCCUUUUCCCCCAUUUUGUUGAACUGGGCUUGUUAUUUCAUCCUCUAUAAGUAUUUAAGAUCGAUUUAUCCUUUUAUAAGUUAAAGGUUUAUGAGAACAUUCUGCCUCCCCCCCCCCCGCCCCUUCUUUCAGCUGUGGAAUUCAGUCGUCGCCCGUUCAUUUGUGAUUCCAGCCAGUUUGCAUUGACCAAAAUGUCUGCUAAUUGUAGUUAUUUUCAAACCCUGAGAAGUAAGUACCUUAUGUUAGGGAAAAAAAGCGAUUCAUUGCAUGUAGAAUUUCGACCUAUUCUUCCCCAGGUGCAACGAAAGAUAAAAAGCUUAACUUUGGUAUGAUGUAAAGACUGGAAAAAUCAUAUAAAAAAGUUAGAUUUCGAUUUUUUUUACUAAAUUUCUCUAAGCUUCAAACUUUUCACAUAAUGUAUUGGUCAGUUUUGCGAACGGAAGUAUGUAUUUAGGACGAAUGGUUUUGAAAAUCAGGUUAAACGGGGACAUAUCAUCACACUCCCGUAUAAAAAGUUAAAUUUUGUAUUUUUUGACUCAUUUUCAUUUUCACUUCAAACUUUCAAUAUCUUAACUCUGCAUCUGAUUUUGAACAUUUUUGCAAUUAGAAGUAUGCAGCUAGGACAAACGCUUGCGGAAAUAGAGGUCUUGCAGUGGCGGAUACAAGGGGAUGGUCAUGCCCCCCCCCCCCCCCAAACCGUCGACAAUAGUAUUCGUCCACAUUGCGUUCAAACACUGUACGAAUAAAACAAACGAUUUCAGUUGCCUUUUCAAUUUAUUAAUUUUUUUUAAAGCAAUUUUUUUUAAUUUCUUCUUUUAUUGCUUAUGAAAUUAAUUUGCAACUUUUAUGCCAAUUAGGAACCCUAUUCCUGACCAAUGUCGUGCUUUUUAUUGACACCCAAGCAGAGAAUGAAAUUUUUCGUCCCCAAUACCGUAGAUUUAUUCGGGGGAAGGGAGGUCAUUCUUUUGCAUGUCUCCCCCCCCCCCCGAAAUGGUAGUCUGUGAUGCCCCUGAGAUUUUGCAGGUUAAAACAGAACACUCCUGUAUAUACGCUGUAUGUGAAAGGUAUUGGAGGAAAAUAGUUUUGUUACUUUAUUGUAAGUUUAUAUUAACUUAACGGGUAAAAAGUUAAAAUAAGUCCCAGGUAUCCACUUUCCUCUACAUUUUACCAUGAUUUUUACCAUUGCUAUCAAGGCAGAACUUGAUCGUAACCGUUAGCGAGAUAGUUAAGUUACUGGAUCUAGUUCAGCCUUCGUGAUAUCUUGCUGCGAAAACAAACUGUGAUAGAAGUUAGCUCAGAAAAUAUAAAAAUCCUAAUAUUUUUUUGCAAUGAAACUAUAUAGAAUUUUUUUUUUAAACAAGAUCAAUUUUGCUAUGAAACUAAAGUGAAAUCCGGCAAAUGAAGUUCGUAAAAAAGUUAAUUGAAAAAGAAUUAAAAAUAAUUCCUUUCUUGUGCAUUAGCUUUCAUUUCAACAAGCCUAACGAGAAAAAAUACUUCCGGAAUAUGCGAAGAUUUUUCUUUCGUUCAAAUGUUUAUCGUAAUAACAAUCUAUAAUUUACUACUUCAUAAUGCAGAACUAUGGUUAUAUAGUUAUAGAUCGUUUUUUUGCUGUCGAUAUCAUAAUGUAAUCAGUAAUUGUUCUAUGUGCGAUGAUAAUACAUUGUAAAAAAUACUGUAUGUACUUUUUUAAAUAUAUGUGUAUUUUCAUUCAUAAUAUAUUUUUGUGCAACUUGAUAAAUUGUUCCGCGUAAAUGAGCUGUUUCGUACAAAAUAAGUAUAUUUUAUGAGAGUAUUACUCAAAUCCAUGAAAAACUAAUACAAAAGUUUAUGGUAAUACUGACAUUAAACAGUAAAAAAAAAAAAAAAAAAAAAACUGAUACAUUAAUAAAUUAAAAGUUGUUCAAACACUUAAAAUGAAAUGUAAGUAUUCAAAAUAAAAUUACAGAAAUGAUUGCAAAUUUGUAGUUAAAAAUAAUUAUUUUAAUCCAGCUGAUUAAAAUAGCAGAUGUCUGUAAGUUCAGCUGAUCCAAAGUGUAAUUCAGAAGUUUAAUAAACAGUAUUAUUAUUAAGCCCCCCCCCCCCCCCCCCGGUUUUGAAGAUAUAAUGCUUUCGCAUAGAAGUGGGCAUGGUUUUUGUUAACAAGGCGUGGUCUUGAUGCCGUCAAAUGAUGCACUUGGCGCAUCUUUCUACCACGUGUUCACGUGGUAGAAUAAUCAGACGAUAAUCAAGAAGCGAAUUAAAUAUUGCGUUCUACGCUUGCUAUCAACCAUAUCGUUGCUAAUACACGUGAGUAUAAUGCGAAUUAAAUAUUUUGCUCUGUGAAUGGCAACACUGAAUGGCAUUUCAUCAUUUGUGAUAUCAUCGGCAGAAACAUAAACAAUGAAAGCGCACCGAUUUAAGUAUUUUUUUUUAAAUAUUAAACUUAAAACAAAUUCUUUAAAAAAUGGUCAGAUCCUAUGUUUUUGAGCAUGUUCUUUCAGAAAAAAUACUUUUAAAAUUUUGGAAACGACGCCAUUGAAGUUUGACUUAAAUGAAUUUAAUAGAUAAAAAAAAAUUGAGCUCUGGCUGUGACAGCACUUUAUUCCCAAUUUGGCGCACAUUAUAACUGAUUAAUAAACUUUGAAUUAAUCUGUGAAAAAAACUUCAUGCAUUCCAAAAGAUCAAUUAAGAAAUUGAAAAAAAAAAAGGGGGGAGGGGCUUAUGUUCUACACUUACUCCUUGAUUUUGGGCAAUUGUAUCUUGAAAAGGGUAAAUGCAAAUGUGAAGCAAUUUUUUUCUCGCAGUUUUACAAAAGUAAUAGAAACAUAAUGUGAAAAUGAAAUUCCAUUUAAACUUAUUUACUAACUGCAAUUUUUAAUGGACAUUUAAAGUCAUAAAUCCAAUGGUUGAACAGCUUCCGUAUUAGACGUUUAAUAAAAUUCUGUAAUGAACUUUAAAAAAUGUUUUCGCUGUGCACUAUGGUUUUACUUAUUUUUAACAGAACUAAAUCUUUACAUUAAAUGUUAAAUUGGUAUCAACAACUAAUCUCGGUGAAUAAAUUUUCCUUUCCAAUUUAAAUUCUCAUUGUAAAACGAUAAAAAUAAAGGGUUGCUUUCUACCAGAAUGCUUUUUGAUAGAAUGGCUGAGGUUGAAAAAUGGUUAAAUUAUUUGGAACAAGUGGAGUAUGAAUACCAAUUUGAAAUUCUUUACGAUUUCAUUCAUAUUUUGUAUAAAUCGAAUUCAUCUAUGUGUAUUUUGAUUGUAUGAAUGUCACUUAAUCAAUAUUAUCAAGAUAAUUAUCUAUAAAUGUAUGCUGAUUUUUAAAUGUAUGAAAUGCAGAGGCGUCUGACUGUUGAUGUGCUAUGUUAGAUAUCAUGCAAAACGUUAAAAAAUCGUUGCGUUGAUGAAUGUAAAUGACAAUAAUAAAUGAUUUUGUGUCAAA